AGGAAAUAGAAAUUAAAUUGAGUUGGAUUGAGAUUUGAGUGGCAGCUGCUCAACCGAUGGUCUGCGGCUCUGCGCAAUUGCAAAGCAGAUUUGGAUACGCGGUGGUUAGCGGAGCAAACAAGGGCAUCGGUUUCGAGACAGUCCGGCAGCUCGCGGCUGCCGGCGCCACCGUUGUUUUGACUGCGAGAAAUCAGAAACGAGGCGUGGAAGCCGCCAAUCGACUGCACCGAUCGGGUCUCUCCAAUGUACUAUUCCAUCAGCUUGAUGUACAAGACGCGCAAAGCAUACACUCCCUCGCCCUAUUCAUCCAAACGCGGCGGUUCCAGAGCCUCGAUAUUUUGGUUAACAAUGCUGGAGCUACUGGGGUAGAAGUUGAUGAAGAUGGCCUAAGGGCUAAAAAUAUCGAUCCCGAAAUAUGGCUAGCAGGAAAGGCGGUGGACAUGAUCCAAGACGUUAUGAAAACCACCUACGAAGCAGCAAAAGAAUACAUACAGACCAAUUACUACGGUGUCAAGAACCUAACCGAGGGCCUUCUUCCUCUGCUGCAGCGCUCCAUCUCAGGGGCUCGGGUCGUCAAUGUCAGUUCCCUGAGGGGAGAAUUAUCCCGUGUCCCUGAUGAGCGGAGAAGGAGAGAACUCGGGGAUAUAGACACUCUAACGGAGGAGAAAAUCGAAAGGAUUCUGCGACAGUUUCUCCAGGAUGUGCAACGGGGAGCGAUUGAAGCCAACGGAUGGCAGAAGAUGCUACCGGCUUACAGCAUAUCGAAGGUAACUCUAAAUGCCUACACCAGACUAUUUGCUAGGAAGCAUCCAGAUAUGUGUGUGAACUGUGUGCACCCGGGAUACGUGGACACCGAUCUCAACUGGCACACGGGACCAUUGACGGUGGAAGAGGGGGCUCGAGGCUCCGUCAUGCUGGCUCUACUGCCCGAUGGAGGCCCCACCGGGUGCUACUUCGACCGAACAAAUGUCGCUUGCUUCUAAUUUGGUAUGGGAGCUCAGUCUAAUUUGCAAUGCUUUUUGUAACUGAUUUGAGUUCUAAUUUUUGCAUACAUAACAAUCUAAUAGUAGUCUUUAAACAAUAGAGAAAUUUUUAUUUUUUUUAA